AUCACUUGAUACCCCAUUUUUCUUGCACCAAAAUUUCAUUUGACAUAUUGAAAAGUUUCUUGUUUGUCAAAUGAAGUGCAAGUCAUCAGUGAACCUAAUUCCAAACCACAAAAAGGGUCUAUGGUCACCUGAUGAAGAUGAAAAACUAAGAGAUUACAUCCUUAACCAUGGUCUUGGCUGCUGGAGUUCUGUCCCCAUUAAUGCUGGAUUGCAACGGAAUGGAAAGAGUUGCAGGCUAAGAUGGACUAACUAUCUACGGCCAGGAUUAAAGCGAGGAAUGUUCACUGCACAUGAGGACCAGAUCAUCCUGACUCUUCACAGCACUUUAGGCAAUAAGUGGUCUCAGAUGUCGCGGCACUUGCCAGGAAGGAGUGAUAAUGAGAUAAAGAAUCAUUGGCAUUCUUAUUUAAAAAAGAAACUUGUCAAAUCAGACACAUCGAAUGAAGAUUCCUCUUCUGUUUCUUCUUUGAAAUCAGUUACUUCGAGCCCCGAGUCAUCUCCACACAUGGACAAUUUGUCAACCGCCGGUAAAAUCCAGCCAAAGAUUCUAUUUGCUGACUGGAUUUCACCGGCGAUUGAUAAUUCCGAUGAAUUAUCAGUUUCCGGGGAUGUGGAUGUAAUAUAUCCUCCUUGGAGCUCUCAAGGAACAACUAUAAAAGAGGGAUCAAGAGUGAGUAAUCUGAACCUUAGCAAUGAGGUAGAUAUGGAAAGUGACCUUAAUGAUUUGAUAAUUGAAGAAAAUAUAUAUUCAUAUUUGAAUCUUAAUGAUGUAAAUAUGUAUAAUUGGGAUGACUUAUACUCGGCUUCAACAACCCCAAGCCAAUCUAGUUCAAGAUCUUUAUAACUAUGGUUGGAGCCAGGCUUUGUUCUUUAUGGAUUUUGAGGUCCAUGAAGCAUUGAGUUGUUAACCGGCCUUUGAAGUUGGACCAUUAUAUA